AUGCCAUCCGAUAUCAGAAGUUUCUUCGGCGGGGGUGGUGGAGGAGCGAAGCCGGCCGCGAAGAGUCCUGGCUCGGAGGCGACCAAGAACGACGCUAAUGGUUCCAGACAUAACACCAAGCAGCGCGGUCGUCCUCGCAAAGUGAUAUCCGAUGACGAAGAAGACGAGGUCGUUGAAACGAAACCCAAGAAGCCUUCCACUCCAAAAGGGAAGAAAGUCGUUAAGGAAGCAGUAGAGGAAGAAACAACAAGUUCAGCCUACUUUGCUUCUUCUAAGGCAAAGCCUGUAAAAUCCACACCCAUCCGAUCCAAACCCACAAACGCCACUGGAGCAAGAAAGACUUCUACAAAGGAAAUAAACGGAGGAACUCCAUCUAACGGUCGGAGAUCGGCCAGGAAAACUGCUUCAAACAACAACGCUGAAGAUGAUGACGAGUCUUUGGCAGUAGUGCUGAAGGCUGAGGAAGCAGGCAAUGAUGAUAUCUUCAAUGAUUUAAAGAGCAGGAAGGUUGAUGAUGAUUAUGAAGAAGGCACCGAUGACGAUGAUGUGAGACCACCAAAGAAAGUCACCAAAUCAGCCAAUGGCAAUUUGAAGAAAAUACAAUCAGAUGAGGAGGAGGAUGACCUCGAAAUGGCCGAAUUACCUGCUUACGGUGGACCUUCUGACGGAAGAAGAAAGCGAACCACCGCAGCUAUCGCCAGUCGCAAGCGAAAGCCCAAAGAUGUAGAAGAGGACGACGACGAUGACUUCUUGGAGGAUGAUGACGAAACCCCCAAAAAGAAGUCGAGAAAGAACUCAUCCACAGCAUCAAAGAGACCUCGUGGUUCGACCAAGAAGGAAGAGCGUGAAGAAAACAAGGAGAUCCAAGACAUCUUUGACGGCAUUCCAACUGUCCGCGCUCCCACCCCUCCACUGAGAGAUGAGGACAAGAAGUUUAAAUUUAAACCUGGAGGCGGCAAUGCCAAUGUGGCACCCCCAGCAGCCGGCACUGCAGAAAUCCCCGUGGGUGCUGAAAACUGCCUUGCUGGAUUGACAUUUGUCUUUACAGGUGUACUGAAUUCUUUGGGCCGAGAAGAAGGACAAAACCUGGUCAAGCAGUAUGGCGGUAAGGUUACUACCGCACCGUCCAAGAAGACUAGCUAUGUCGUCAUUGGCAGCGAUGCUGGACCCAAGAAGCUGGAAACUAUUCAGAAACUGGGAAUCAAGACGAUCAAUGAAGAGGGUCUUUUUGCUCUGAUCAAACGACUCCCUGCCAAUGGCGGGGAUGGAAAAGCUGCUGAAGCCUAUGCUGAGAAACAAGCCAAAGAAGAAGAAAUGGUCCGCAAGCAAGCAGAGGAAAUGGAAGACCGAGAACGGCAGAAACAAAACGAGGCCGCGAAAGUGGCAAAGGCUGCCGCGGCAAGAACAGGCGCCCCAGUUCCGCCCAAACCGCCCAAACCUAAAGGUGACGACCGUCUUUGGGUUGACAAGUAUGCUCCAGAUACAAUCAACAGUGUCUGUGGCAACAAAGGCCAAGUUGAAGGUUUGCAGCGAUGGCUACGCAAUUGGCAAAACAGUGCCAGAUCCCACUUCAAGAAAGCUGGUGCCGAUGGGAAGGGUAUCUUCCGUGCCGCCUUGCUGUAUGGCCCACCAGGUGUGGGGAAAACCACUGCUGCUCACUUGGUGGCCAAACUGGAGGGGUACGAUGUUGUCGAAAGUAAUGCCUCCGACACUCGAAACAAGAAAUUGGUGGAGGCUGGUCUUACCGGUGUUCUGGACACAACCUCCAUCCUCGGGUAUUUUGCGGGUGAUGGAAAGAAAGUUGACCCCUCAAAGAAGAAACUUCUCUUGAUCAUGGAUGAAGUUGAUGGUAUGUCUGCGGGAGAUCGUGGCGGUGUGGGUGCCAUGGCUGCUAUUGCGAGGAAGACCAACAUACCGCUCAUCAUGAUAUGCAACGAACGUAAUCAGCCGAAGAUGAAACCAUUGUACAAUGUCACGGCAGAAUUCCAGUUCAGACGGCCAACAACAGAUAUGAUCCGUGGCCGAAUUGCCACGAUCUUAUUCCGGGAAGGCAUGAAGUUACCGCCACAAAUCAUGAACGCGUUGAUUGAAGGAUGCAAUGGUGAUAUUCGACAAAUUAUCAACAUGAUUUCGACAAUCAAGCUUGACAACAAAGAUCUUGAUUUCAACGAUACCAAGGCCAUGUCCAAAGCUUGGGAGAAACACGUCAUUCUCAAACCUUGGGAUAUUGUCGGCAAAAUCCUCCGACCUCAAAUGUUCUCUGCGAGCUCAACGGCUACCUUGAACGAUAAGACUGAAUUGUACUUCAACGAUCACGAGUUCAGCUACCUGAUGCUUCAAGAAAACUAUUUGAAGUCACAACCCAGUUUGGCAAACUCCUAUACCGGCAGGGAGAGAAAUAUGAAGCUCUUGGAACUCUUCGAUAAUGCUGCGUCCAGUAUUAGUGACGGUGACCUGGUUGAUAGAAUGAUCCAUGGUUCACAACAGCAAUGGAGUUUGAUGCCUACACAUGCUAUUUUCAGUUUUGUACGACCUGCUAGCUAUGUGUAUGGCAAUUUCAACGCCCAAGUCAGCUUUACAAGUUGGCUUGGACAAAACAGCAAACAAAUGAAAAUGUCUCGUUUUGUCAAGGAAAUUCAAGGCCACAUGCGACUCCGCUCUUCUGCAGACCGUCAUGAAACUCGCCAGCAAUAUCUUCCAGCCCUUUGGAACAAAACUAUCGCUGUAUUGCAACACGAUGGCAGAGACGCAGUCCAGGACGUCAUCGACUUCAUGGACUCGUAUUAUUUGACCAAAGAUGAUUUCGACGCCAUGCUUGAAUUGGGCGUUGGACCAAUGGACAUGGAAAAUGUGAAGCUAGAAUCAUCAGCAAAGGCGGCUUUUACCAGGACCUACAAUUCUCAAAAUCACCCUAUGCCAUUUGUCAAGGCAAGCCAUGUUUUAGGCAUGGCCAAAGGAGGAACGGCCAAAAAGGAGAUACCUGAUCUUGAAGAGGCGAUUGAAGAGUCUGAGCCAGGGGAGGUUUUGGAGGACGCUGUGGAAGAUGACGACGAUUUGGACUUGGAGAAGGACAAAUAUGUCAAAAUACCAAAGAAAAAGGCCGCAAGUGCCACCAAUGGUGGAGCCAAGGGCAAGGGCAAGAGAAAGAAGAAGAACGAUGAUGACGAUAUCGGCGAUGGGACUGAAGACGAGCCGAAGAAAAAGAAAACUUCAGGAGGUGGUGGAAGAGGAGGUAGGAAAGGCAAAGAAUGA